UGUUUUGAAGAUUUGGGAGUUUCCACCAACAGGAAGGGGUGAUCUGCUCUUAGCUGAUUCUAUGGAUUUGCUUUUAUUUCCGCUGUAUCAGAGAAUAAAAACAGUAGCUUUUAAUAGUCAAUACAUAAGACUGGCAGACGGACACGGUCAGUCUGUGUCCAUGUCAUGCUUACCUUAAAGUAAAUGAUCUGCUCAUGUCAUGUUGUCCUCUCCCGUCACAGGCAAAAUAGUCCACAUCUUCUUUGCAUUUCUCUUCCCUUGUUUUGAUUUGUCUACGGAACCCGAAUUUUCUCGGAAACCCCUACUGCAACACCGUUAUUAGCUGCUUGGUACUAAAACCCAACUGAAUUUCUUGCCUUCUUUUUGUAUUUUCUUUAGAAUUAGAAAGCCAAAAUAUCUCUCUUCUUGAUCAUGCUUGCUGGGACGUUCUUCGUUUUCUUGAUUGUUAGUCUUGCUAGCUGCUUUUGGUUGCCGACGUUUCCUGAGGCAAAGCUGGUCCAAGAAGAAGUUGAUGCUCUUGAAGAAAUUGCACGAACAUUGGGUUCUAAAUACUGGAAGUUCAAUGCUGAUACUUGCGAAAUUGAAAUGGCUGGAGUAACUCAAGUCCCACCAAAGAACGCUGAGCAAAGGAUAGAUUGUGAAUGCAACAAUGGGAACAAUACUGAUUGUCACGUCACCAGAAUGGAGCUAAAACGUUAUAACCUUCCCGGAGUGCUUCCAACUCAACUUGUUAAGCUUCCUCGUCUCCAAGUAGUUGAUUUUGCUUACAACUACCUCAAUGGUACUCUGCCACGUGAAUGGGCUUCAAUGCAGUUAACUUCAAUAAGUGUUCUCGUAAACCGUUUGUCAGGGGAGAUUCCAAAGGAACUGGGAAAUAUCACCACUCUCACCACCUUGUCCCUCGAAGCAAACCAAUUUUAUGGCACAAUUCCCCCUGACCUCGGAAAACUGAUCAACUUGCAGGCAUUGGGGCUGUCUUCCAAUCAUUUGUCUGGAAACUUGCCAGUGUCUUUUGCUGGACUAAUAAAUCUAACAGAUUUUAGGAUAAACGAUAACAACUUCAGUGGAACCAUUCCUAUCUUCAUACAGAAUUGGAAAAAGCUUAAAAGAUUAGAAAUGCAUGCAACUGGCCUGGAGGGACCCAUUCCAUCGAACAUUUCUCUUUUGAAUAUUUUAGCUGAGUUGAGAAUUAGUGAUCUAAAUGGACCAACUCAGGGUUUCCCUAUGCUCAGCAACAUGACAGGCAUGAUCAAAUUGACUCUGAGGAACUGUAACAUUUCUGGGAAGCUCCCUGCAUACCUUUGGACAAUGAAGAGUUUGGAAGCAUUGGAUGUCAGUUUCAACAAGUUGGUUGGAAAAAUUCCAGACACCAUAACUGCAGAUCGCCUGCGAUUCGUCUUUUUAACUGGCAACUUGUUAAGUGGAGAUGUACCAGAUUCAAUCUUGAAGGACGGGAGCAAUGUUGAUUUGUCAUAUAAUAACUUUGAAUUGCAAGGCCCUGAGCAACCUGCUUGUCAAGAAAACAUGAAUUUAAACCUGAACUUGUUCCGUAGCUCUUCAAUGGGAAACAGAUCUUUUAUUCAGAAUCCCCUAAGCAUAUGUUAUGCUAAGUUAUUUUUGUUCCUACACUUUAAUAGAAGGAGAAUUCUUCCAUGCAAGGGGACUUUCAGCUGCCCUAAAUAUUCAAAUUGUUUACAUGUUAACAGUGGUGGAAAGGAUGUAAUUAUCAAGGAAAAUAAAACAACCUUUUCAUAUGAAGGAGAUGGACAAGAAGAAGGUGGCGCAGCUAAAUAUUUUGUAAAUGAGCAAAGUUUCUGGGGGUUUAGUAGCUCUGGAGACUUCAUGGAUGAUAAUGAUUACCAAAAUACUCGCUAUACUGUAUCUAUGCAAUCAUCAACCCUCCCUGAAUUAUACUCGACAGCUCGCAUAUCCCCAAUUUCUCUUACCUAUUUCCAUUAUUGCUUAGAAAAUGGGAACUACACAGUAAACCUUCACUUUGCUGAGAUACAAUUUACUAAUGACCUGACGUAUAAGAGCUUAGGCAGGCGUAUCUUUGACAUUUAUGUUCAGGAAAUAUUGGUUUGGGAGAAAUUCAAUAUUGAAGAUCAGGUUGGCAGUGCUGAAAAGCCUUUAGUGAAACAAGUAUUGAAUGUCAGUGUGACUAAUAAUAUGUUGGAGAUCAGAUUCUAUUUUGCCGGGAAAGGGACGACAAGGACUCCUGAUAGGGGAGUCUAUGGUCCCAUCAUAUCAGGCAUCUCUGUGUUUUCUGAUUUGAAACCUUGUUCAAGCGGGAAAAAGAAGGGAACUGUUUAUGCGGUUGCUGGAGCUGUUGUAGCAUCAUGUCUUAUUGCCAUUAUACUAGGAAUCCUUUGGUGGAAAGACUACUUGCCAGGAAAAUGGUGCCGGAAAAAAGAUGCUGAAGGACUUAAUUUUCCAAAUGGAACAUUUUCUCUGAAACAAAUUAGAGCUGCUACUGAUGACUUUGAUCCUUCUAACAAGAUUGGAGAAGGUGGUUUUGGUCCUGUAUACAAGGGUCAAUUACCAGAUGGUACUGUAAUAGCGGUGAAGCAACUUUCAUCAAAAUCAAGGCAAGGAAAUCGCGAAUUCUUAAAUGAGAUGGGCAUCAUUUCUUGCUUGCAGCAUCCGAAUCUUGUGAAGCUGCAUGGAUGUUGUAUUGAAAGUGACCAGCUAUUAUUGGUUUACGAGUACAUGGAAAAUAAUAGCCUUGCACGAGCUCUAUUCGGUCAUGAAAUCAACCAGCCUAACCUGGACUGGCCUUCAAGGCUUAAGAUCUGUAUUGGGAUAGCUAGAGGUCUAGCUUUUCUCCAUGAAGAAUCAAGAUUUAAGAUUGUUCACAGAGACAUUAAAGCUACAAAUGUGCUACUUGAUGGGGAUCUGAAUGCUAAAAUAUCCGAUUUUGGAUUGGCUAGGCUUGAUGAAGAAGAGAAGAGCCACAUCAGCACCCGAGUAGCUGGAACCAUAGGAUAUAUGGCACCAGAAUAUGCACUGUGGGGUUACUUGACCUACAAGGCAGAUGUUUACAGUUUUGGGGUUGUGGCUUUGGAAAUUGUUAGUGGGAAGAACAACAAUAACUAUAUGCCAAGCGACAACAAUUGUGUUUGUCUCUUAGAUUGGGCCUGCCAUUUGCAACAAAGUGGGAGUUUUAUGGAGCUUGUUGAUGAGACGUUAAAAUCUGAAGUUAACAUGAAAGAAGCAGAAAUUAUGGUUAAGGUAGCUCUCUUGUGUACAAAUGCAUCCCCAACACUUAGGCCUACAAUGUCGGAGGCAGUGGGCAUGCUUGAAGGACGAAUGGCUGUUCCUGACACAGUUCCAGUACUUUCAUCUACCGAUGAUUUGAGGUUCAAAGCCAUGAGAGAACUCCGUCAGCAUGAGCAAAGACAUAGUUUCCGUGGGAGCCAAACACAAAGGCCAAACCCUGUUCAAAUGUUUAGCUCUUCGUCUAUAUCUGAGAACACCAGUUACGAGAUAAGCUCAGAACCAAAACUCUAAUCAUGUUCCAGAGCAUUAUUUGGGGUUCUUAACAGCUGGGAUGUACAGGCUCUGUCGCUGUUGUGAUGUUGAGUUUCAGCUAUUUAUUUGAAAUUUAACUCGCUGGGACCGCAUCGUUCACCAUAAAAAUCUGGUGAGGAAUUCAUCGAUAUGAAGUAAAUUUUUAUGGUAUAUAUAUAUAUUAAAUUACAAAUUCAUUUUAUUCAAAUUUAUCAUUCUGUACACACUUGAAAAUUUUUUGAAGUUGUCUUCCUCGUACAUUUCCAUCAUUUCUGAUCAAGAUUGUUAAUUUUGUUAUGUUA